AUGGCAGCCCAGGUGACGCUGGAGGAUGCACUGUCCAACGUGGACCUCUUGGAAGAGCUGCCUCUGCCUGACCAGCAGCCCUGCAUUGAGCCCCCACCGUCCUCACUGCUCUAUCAGCCAAAUUUCAACACUAAUUUUGAAGACAGAAAUGCAUUUGUUACCGGCAUCGCAAGAUACAUUGAACAAGCAACUGUCCACUCUAGCAUGAAUGAGAUGCUGGAGGAAGGCCAAGAGUACGCUGUCAUGCUCUACACCUGGAGAAGCUGCUCUCGGGCCAUCCCACAGGUGAAAUGUAACGAACAGCCUAACAGAGUUGAAAUUUAUGAGAAAACCGUGGAGGUCCUUGAGCCUGAGGUCACAAAACUGAUGAAUUUUAUGUACUUCCAGAGAAACGCCAUUGAGCGUUUUUGUGGGGAGGUGAGGCGCCUCUGCCACGCAGAGAGAAGGAAGGACUUCGUGUCUGAAGCCUACCUGAUCACCCUGGGCAAGUUCAUCAACAUGUUUGCUGUGCUGGACGAGCUGAAGAACAUGAAGUGCAGUGUGAAGAAUGACCACUCGGCCUACAAGAGGGCUGCUCAGUUUUUACGUAAAAUGGCAGAUCCACAGUCCAUCCAGGAAUCACAGAAUCUAUCCAUGUUCCUGGCCAACCACAACAAGAUCACACAAUCUCUGCAACAGCAGCUUGAAGUGAUUUCUGGUUAUGAAGAGCUCCUAGCAGACAUCGUGAAUCUCUGUGUGGAUUACUAUGAGAAUAGAAUGUACCUGACGCCCAGUGAGAAACACAUGCUUCUCAAAGUCAUGGGAUUUGGUCUAUAUUUAAUGGAUGGAAGUGUCAGCAACAUUUAUAAACUAGAUGCCAAGAAAAGAAUAAACUUAUCCAAAAUAGACAAAUACUUCAAGCAACUCCAGGUGGUUCCGCUGUUUGGAGACAUGCAAAUAGAACUGGCCCGGUACAUCAAGACCAGCGCCCACUAUGAAGAAAAUAAAUCUCGAUGGACCUGCACAUCCUCCAGCAGCAGCCCACAGUACAACAUCUGCGAGCAGAUGGUCCAGAUUCGGGAGGACCAUAUGCGCUUCAUCUCGGAACUGGCACGCUACAGCAAUAGCGAGGUGGUCACGGGCUCAGGCCGCCAGGAGGCUCAGAAGACGGACGCUGAAUACCGGAAGCUCUUUGACUUGGCUCUUCAAGGGCUUCAGCUGCUGUCCCAGUGGAGUGCUCAUGUGAUGGAAGUGUAUUCAUGGAAACUUGUGCACCCAACGGACAAGUACUCUAACAAGGACUGCCCUGACAAUGCUGAGGAGUAUGAGCGUGCCACCCGCUACAACUACACCAGCGAGGAGAAGUUUGCCCUGGUGGAGGUGAUUGCCAUGAUCAAAGGCCUGCAGGUGCUGAUGGGCAGGAUGGAGAGUGUGUUCAAUCAUGCCAUCCGCCACACCGUCUAUGCUGCACUACAGGACUUCUCCCAGGUCACCCUCAGGGAGCCACUCCGGCAGGCCAUCAAGAAGAAGAAGAAUGUCAUCCAGAGUGUCCUGCAGGCCAUCAGGAAGACUGUGUGUGACUGGGAGACAGGGCAUGAGCCCUUCAACGACCCAGCCCUGCGGGGCGAGAAGGACCCAAAGAGUGGCUUCGACAUUAAAGUGCCGCGGCGCGCUGUAGGACCCUCCAGCACCCAGCUUUACAUGGUGAGGACCAUGCUAGAGUCCCUCAUUGCAGACAAAAGUGGUUCCAAGAAAACCUUGAGAAGUAGCCUUGAGGGGCCCACCAUAUUGGACAUAGAAAAAUUUCAUCGAGAGUCAUUCUUCUACACCCACUUGAUAAAUUUCAGUGAGACACUGCAGCAGUGCUGUGACCUUUCGCAAUUGUGGUUCCGAGAGUUCUUUCUGGAGUUGACAAUGGGCAGAAGGAUCCAAUUCCCCAUUGAGAUGUCCAUGCCCUGGAUCCUGACAGACCACAUCUUGGAAACCAAAGAGGCAUCAAUGAUGGAGUACGUCCUCUACUCCCUGGACCUAUACAAUGAUAGCGCCCACUACGCCCUCACCAGGUUCAACAAGCAGUUUCUCUAUGAUGAAAUCGAGGCAGAGGUGAAUCUCUGUUUUGACCAAUUUGUUUAUAAGCUGGCAGACCAGAUAUUUGCAUAUUAUAAGGUUAUGGCAGGAAGUUUGCUUCUUGAUAAACGGUUACGAUCAGAAUGCAAGAAUCAGGGCGCAACCAUCCAUCUCCCGCCAUCGAACCGCUAUGAGACACUGCUCAAGCAGAGGCACGUGCAGCUUCUGGGCAGGUCCAUCGACCUCAAUCGUCUGAUUACCCAGCGCGUCUCCGCUGCCAUGUACAAGUCCCUGGAACUGGCAAUUGGGCGAUUUGAGAGUGAAGACCUGACAUCAAUAGUUGAGCUGGAUGGCCUCUUAGAAAUCAACCGCAUGACCCACAAACUGCUGAGCAAGUACCUGACUCUGGACAGCUUUGAUGCCAUGUUCCGGGAGGCCAACCACAACGUGUCUGCGCCUUACGGGAGAAUCACCCUCCAUGUCUUCUGGGAGCUCAACUAUGACUUCCUGCCCAACUACUGCUACAACGGCUCCACCAACCGAUUUGUUCGUACAGUAUUACCAUUUUCUCAAGAAUUUCAGAGAGAUAAACAGCCAAAUGCACAACCUCAGUAUUUGCAUGGAUCAAAGGCUUUGAACCUGGCCUAUUCGAGCAUCUACGGCAGCUACCGGAACUUUGUGGGGCCCCCGCACUUCCAGGUCAUUUGCCGGCUGCUUGGCUACCAGGGCAUCGCAGUGGUCAUGGAAGAGCUGCUGAAGGUGGUCAAGAGCCUGCUGCAAGGCACGAUCCUACAGUAUGUGAAGACGCUGAUGGAGGUGAUGCCCAAGGUCUGCCGGCUGCCGCGACAUGAGUACGGCUCCCCUGGCAUCCUGGAGUUCUUCCACCACCAGCUGAAGGACAUAGUUGAGUAUGCAGAGCUGAAGACGGUGUGCUUCCAGAACCUGCGGGAGGUGGGCAACGCUGUGCUCUUCUGCCUGCUCAUAGAGCAGAGCCUGUCUCUAGAAGAAGUAUGUGACCUGCUGCACGCAGCCCCUUUCCAGAAUAUCUUGCCAAGGGUCCAUGUGAAAGAGGGAGAGAGACUUGAUGCGAAAAUGAAAAGACUAGAAUCAAAGUACGCUCCACUGCACCUUGUCCCUCUGAUCGAAAGACUCGGAACUCCACAGCAAAUUGCGAUAGCAAGAGAGGGGGACCUGCUGACAAAGGAGCGUCUCUGCUGUGGCCUGUCCAUGUUUGAAGUCAUCCUGACUCGGAUCCGGACCUUUCUGGACGACUCCAUCUGGCGCGGGCCUCUGCCCAGCAAUGGGGUCAUGCACGUGGAUGACUGUGUUGAGUUUCACAGAUUGUGGAGUGCCAUGCAGUUUGUCUACUGCAUUCCUGUGGGAACACACGAGUUUACAGUCGAGCAGUGCUUCGGCGACGGGCUCCACUGGGCUGGCUGUAUGAUCAUUGUGCUCCUUGGGCAGCAGCGGCGCUUUGCUGUGCUGGAUUUCUGCUACCAUCUGCUCAAAGUCCAGAAACAUGAUGGCAAAGAUGAGAUUAUCAAAAACGUGCCUUUGAAGAAGAUGGUGGAAAGAAUUCGCAAGUUCCAGAUUCUAAAUGAUGAGAUAAUCACUAUCUUGGACAAGUACUUGAAGUCAGGCGAUGGAGAGAGCACUCCUGUGGAACACGUCCGCUGCUUUCAACCACCUAUCCACCAGUCCCUGGCGAGCAGCUGA